CCAUGUAUAAUAGUUAUGUAACAAAGAUCCUCUAAUGUCUGAACCAGAGUCUGUAGUAUAAUAGUUAUAUAACAAAGAUCCUCUAAUGUCUGAACCAGAGUCUGUAGUAUAAUAGUUAUAUAACAAAGAUCCUCUAAUGUCUGAAACAGAGCAUGCACAGAGAACGGUUUGCGACGUCUUUGAUGCAUAUGUUGUUGUUUAAAAGAUUAUUUUUGGACUUUUCCGUCUUUAAUUUUGACAGGACAGCUAGGUGAGAAAGGGGAGAAGACCUGCGGGAAAUCGUCACAGCAUACAGGGUUGGAGCAUGACCUCCAGUAGAUAGAAAUAUAGAAGAAGCAUUAAUGUGGAAGAGUAAUAAGCAUUGCGUUGUAUCUGCAUUCAUGAAAAAGCCACUCUUACCUGAACACUGAGUGGAGUCCUUCAGGGCCUCGUCCUCUCCACACCACAAGAUGGAGCCAACACCCAGCCUUCCCGAGGGAUGCAAAACUUGCCACAACCCCUGCAGAAUGAGGUCGACCAACCGGCAGCCACGAUGAGAUGCUUUGGAUUCCUCAAAGUCAUGAUGUUUCUCUUCAACGGGAUCAUCUUUCUGGCGGGCGCCGCCAUCCUGGGCGUGGGGAUCUGGGUGAAGGUGGACAGCGGCUCCAUCCUCAACUUCCUCGGGAAGAUUGACAACGCGCCGUCGCAGCUGAGCCAGGUGCUCAACGUGGGCUACCUGCUGAUCGCCGUCGGAGCUCUGCUGCUCGUCAUCGGCUUCCUGGGCUGCUGUGGAGCCGUCAGAGAGAGCAAGUGUAUGCUGAUGCUGUUCUUCAUCAUAGUCCUGGUGGUGUUUAUAGCGGAGGUUGCAGGAGCGAUCGUGAUUCUGGUAUUCAGACCCUUGGCUGACGACUUGUUCAACAAGCUCGGCACGGCAGCAGUUCAGAACAUCAGGAAGGACUACGGGCAGAAUGCCGACGUCACCGGACUGUGGAAUACUACAAUGAACUCGUUACGAUGUUGUGGAUUCUACAACUCCUCCGACUUCGUGGGUUCUCCGUAUUAUGUGAACAAGAACAACAGCUUUCCUCUGCAGUGCUGCCCAGGCAUGACCAGCACAUGUUCUGGAAAUAACGCGACGAUCACCGGCUGCUUCCCAAAGAUCAAGAAGCUGAUUGAUGAUAACACGGUGGCCAUUGUGGCGGUGGCCCUGGGCAUUGCAGUGCUGGAGAUCUGCGCCAUGGUUGUCUCCAUGAUCCUCUUCUGCAGAAUAAACUCCAGGGGGGGGGACUAACUGAAGAUGGCGACGGCCCAAUGAGGAUCUGUGUAAUCCCUGGAGUCUUUCUACUUCCUGUUGGCCUCUAGAGGAGAGAAGGAGCUGAGCCUUUAUGUUGCAAACAAUGCCUCAUCAAUUAAAGACAGUUAAUGUCAUAGUGUCAGAUUUUGUGCAAUCAGAAUUACUGAACGACAUAAGUCUAUUUUUACCAAUCUUAUUUGUAGUCUAUCUAAUAGAUGCCGUAUAUGAAUGUACAUGAUCUAUUUCUUAAGAAGCCUUUACACACUGCCUACUUCAGCAGAGAUCAUUUAUACACACAGCCAGUUAUCCAGUCCCUCCAGAAAAACGUGAUUAUGCGAUCGCAUAAUUCAUAAUUACUGUUUUUUCUUUUU